ACCCGCCGCCCGCCUUUUUCUGUCGGAGCUAACCGGAAGAAAACAAAGCCGUGGUUAACGUAGUAUUUAGUGCGGGAACUGGCGGGUUUUAACCGUUUCCUCGGGGUUUCACAAGCCCGUGGCCGUGUGUGCUGUUUGCUGGAGCACCGCAGGGAGCGGUGGGUUUGAUAAAGGCAGUAAAACCCGCCGUGAUGAAGUGAGAGACCGUGAGGAUGGACUGCAGCACUGCUAGCAGCAUGGUGGCCCACCGAUCUGCAGGGAAGGAAAGCAGCUCUGAUGAAGAGGAGUUCGUCCCGCUGUCGAAGCUCCUCAUGAGGCCGCAGAACGACGACAAGAAGUCAUGUGACAACGCCAACUCAAAGAAGAGCGGAGCUUCGGAUAAUUCAUCAGACGAUGAGCCGCCAAAAAAACCAGCAGCGAAGGAGAAAAAGGAAACUUGUCCUGCCAAAUCUGAGGCCUCAGAGGACAGAAACUCCGAUUCCAACGCAGCUGACGAAUCCGAUAACGAGCCUCAGGUGAAAACAUCCAAACCUUCAGCCAGAGCAGCGAAGAAGAAACCAGUCAGCAGGAAGAAGAAUGCUUCAGAUGAUUCCUCUGAUGACGAGUCGCUACAAGAGAAGAAGAAACCUGCAGCAAAAGACAAAAAGGAUUCUUCUCCUCCCAAAUCUGACGCCUCAGAGGACAGGAAGUCAGCCGACGACUCCGAUAACGAGCCGCCGGUGAAAACCUCCAAACCUUCAGCCAGAUCAGCGAAGAAGAAACCAGCAGGCAGGAAGAAGAAAGCUUCAGAUGACUCCUCAGACGACGAGUCUCUAAAAGAGAAGAGGAAACCAGCAGGCAGGAAGAAGAAAGCAUCAGACGACUCCGACGACGAGCCACUAACCAAGAAGAAGAAAGCAGCAGCGAGAGAAAAAAAGGAAUCUUCUCCUCCCAAAUCUGACGAGUCAGAGGACAGAAACUCUGAUUCAAACGCAGAUGAUGACUCUGACUACGAGCCUCAGGUGAAAACCUCUAAACCUUCACCCAGAGCAGCGAAGAAGAAGCAAACCCCAGGGAGGAAGAAGAAACCAGCAGGCAGGAAGAAGAAAGCUUCAGAUGAUUCAUCGGAUGACGAGUCGCUACAAGAGAAGAAGAAACCAGCAGCAAAAGACAAAAAGGAUUCUUCUCCACCCAGAUCUGACGCCUCGGAGGACAGGAAGUCAGCCGACGACUCCGAGAACGAGCCGCCGGUGAAAACCUCCAAACCUGCAGCCAGAUCAGCGAAGAAGAAACCAGCAGGCAGGAAGAAGAAAGACGCCUCCGAAGACGACGAGCCACUAACCAAGAAGAAGAAAGCAGCAGCGCGAGAAAAAAAGGAAUCUUCUCCUCCCAGAUCUGACGAGUCAGAGGACAGAAACUCUGAUUCUGAGGCAGCUGGUGACUCUGACUACGAUCAUCAGGUGAAAACCUCCAAGCCUCCAGGCAGAUCAGCGAAGAAGAAGAAAACCCCGGGGAGGAAGAAGCAGCCAGCAGGCAGGAAGAAGAAAGCGCCGUCAGAGCGCGACGAAAGCUCCGACGACGAGCCGUUAACCAAAGUUGCUCAGAAACUUCCUGCGAAGAGGAAGAGGAAACCCGUCCAGCUGUUCUCUAAAUCCUCUCCGGCUGUGAAGUCCAAGAGGAACGCCUCCAAGAAGAGCGUGAACUACGCUGAGACGUCGAGCGAACACAGCUCUGAUGACGAGCGGCUGCUUGUGACCAAGAAGACGACAAACGAUUCAUCAAGGAGAGCGACGGCUUCAAAACGAAAAUCCCUGAAAGACGCUUCGUCUUCCGACGGCGACGGCUCUCCCCGGCGGAAACCGGGUCGGAAAUCCACGAAGAGCAAGAGGCCGCGAGGAAGACCGCCGAAGAAGUCCUCAGGAAACUGGGAUGAUGACGACAGCUCAGAUGACGAAGCUGCGGCGAGUCGCUCCAACUGGAGAACAAAGAGCAGAACAAAAGCUUCGACCCGGAAACGGAGGAAUCAGAAGCAGAAAACAUGGAAAGACGUACCGAGCAGCAUUUCAGACGAGGAGGCUGCCAUCCAAACAGCCAAACACGCAGAAGUGACCAGGAAGGUGAAAGUGGCUCUGAAGAGGUGUGACGCUGAAGACAAAGAGUCCGCUGCAGCCGCCACAAAACCCACAGCAGAAGAAGAAAAGACCGAAGAGAAAUCGACAGCAGAAAACCCAGAAAAAUCCUCUGAGGAGGAAUAAGAGACAAAACUUUCCCUGAAAACUAGUUAGUCCUGAACUCAUCUGUAGGCUUUUAUACAUUUUGUUUCAUGUUUUUUAGGUUUGGGACCAACUUUUCCAGGUUCCAGAAAUGUUUCAGUUUUCUUAUUUGUGGCUGUUUGCCUGAAGUUCUUCUUCUGGUUUUUAGAAAAUGUUUUUGACCGUGUUGUGAGUCGUCGUCCACUCUGCAUGCAGGUACACACACCUAGUUUUAGGAUUUUCUUUUUAUAUCAGUAGGAAAUUAGGUGAAAUCCCUUGUUUAGUGUCAUAAUAAAAUUAUUUAACCACCUCCUAUAAAAAAGGUUUCCCAAAGUAUUUCACGUUUAGGGAAGGAAAUUGGAUUUCUAAACAUUUUUUAUACUUUAAAAGAACUUUGGCAGUAUGAAUUACUGAAUUAUGUGAUGUUUUGGGUGUAAACGGAUUUUAAAAAGAGUUUUCUCUCUUUUUUGGAGGAGAAAUGAUGAUGAUGGAAAUUAUAACUUUGUUUUUCUUUUUUUUUCACAAUGAUCUGCGGUAUGCUAUAAUAUUUGUCCCGUUUAAGAAAAAUGUUUCAUGUUUAAAAUAUACCUAGUGGUGUGUUCUUUGAUGUUCAAAUGUGCAGGUUUUAUGUAUGUUAAUAUUAAAAUUUGCUACAUUAUUUGAAAA